UCUUUUCAACAAGGAGUGUGGAUAUUAUCUUGGGAUGCACCAUCUUAAUUUUCAACUAGGUUUCAUGCUGAGUGAAUUCAGCUUUGGUAUUUUAUUGCCGGCAAAUUUGAGAACCCCCCAUACAUAUGUACAUUAUAAAUCAUGCCUGUCACAAGCAAUUAUUGAGAGGCUAUGGAUGCCGAUGCCAGAAAGCGGCCUCUUGUUGAACAACUAAGCUGCUUAGUAUGAUGUUAAUACUUAAAAGCAUUAACAUAGCACAUUACUCUUGUCACUGGUAUUCUAAAUCUAUUUAGACUACUUACAAAACACACUUGCUGAAUUAAUGCGCUUUGGCUUUUUGCUCUGUGACACACAUAUUAUGCUAUUUGUCAUUUGUGGUGUGAAAGCCCGUUGAUCAAUAAAUCUUGAUGCUUUUGAGAUGUAGCCAGUGUACACAAGGUGUUGUGAAUACUGUCAUCAAGAAUGACCUGAUCAUGAACUUAAUAAAAUAACCAUGAUUGUAUUGAUUUUGACAAUUCUGCACAAACUCUGGGAGGUGGCAAAACAUCAAGCAUACCAUUUUAGAAAAUUAUGUUUCAGAUUACAAUGACAAACACAAUUCAGAGUCCGAGUCAAAUAACAGCACACAACUCACAUGCCAGUGCUGCAAGAGUCAGUCUAUCAUAAUGACUACUAGGGUGAUCUAAUCUACGAUCAAACAAAAGGGGUAAUUUUCCAGCUGCGGAGUCUAUCAUAGUUGGCCAUCAGACUACAACUAACUACUUAGCUAACUUACACGAUUUGUGAUCGCCAUAGGCCAAACUUCUGAUUGCUGACGGUGCUAAAGACAUCAAGUCAGAAAGAACGUGAGUUAAUGAGUAAUCAAGCUCCUCGCAAGUAGUAACGGUACCCUAAAGUCGACGUAGCAUAAUAAAACGAGGCAGCUGGAUUUAAGUUGCCUUUGUAUAAGAUUGCAAAGGCUAACUUGUUGCAUCUAAUUCUUGUAAUGGUCAUCCAAAUGCCCGUCGGGCCUCAACUCCUAGUUUAACGUACAUAAGUGUUUCACUAAAUAAUUAUUGCAAUAAUGUUUCUCCAGUCGCCAUAUGAGAGCUCGUCUCCACCGGAGUAUAGACAUUUGAGUUUAGAUUAUCUUCGAUAACUUAGUCCUCAAUAGUGCUAAACGCCACUGACAACUGCAGAAAUGACCAUGAAAGCAUGCCGUUGGAUGUAUGCUAACUUGGAAAGCUAGCUCCAGAUGGAAGUCACGUCACAUCGUGUUAUGCUGAUUUAACAUCCGCUUAAAUAGCAAGCCCAACGUCUAACAAAGAUUACGAUAACUCGACUCUUUCUCAUCGACCCCAAAUGGUGUCAACGGCAGCUUGCUGAAAGGACCUAUGAGCCAUCUGUGAUUAGGGUACCUACCUCAGGGGAACCCAGACCGGGAUGCUACAGAGAUGGUGAACACAUGACCAUUGCAAGCACUUGGCUUUACUAAUGGAGCACCUCCAGGGAGCAUGGAAGACUCUGAGCAACGGCUUCGGAAUGAAGGACUCUGCGUUCGAGGGCCCGUGCCUUUCCCCAACCAUGGUCCAGGGCUUUCCCUGCCAGCGUCGCUCCUCAGAUGACAGCAAGAUGCCCGACUCCAAGACGAGCAGCACUAUCCGUGUCUACCUCCCAAACCAGCAGCGCACUGUGGUAAACGUGCGACCAGGUAUGACUCUGCACAGCUGCCUGAUUAAAGCAUUAAAGGUGCGAGGUCUGCAGCCUCAGUGCUGCGCUGUCUUCAGGCUGCACCCAGGACAGAGGAGUAAAAAAUUCCGGAUGGAUUGGAAUACUGACUCCACCUCCCUUAUUGGGGAAGAGCUACUGGUGGAGGUUUUAGAUCACGUUCCCUUGACGACACAUAAUUUUGUUCGGAAAACAUAUCUGAAACUAGCGUUCUGUGAUAUUUGCCAGAAGUUUCUUUUGAAUGGUUUCCGUUGCCAAACAUGCGGCUACAAAUUCCAUGAGCAUUGUAGCACCAAAGUGCCCACGAUGUGUGUGGACUGGAGCAAUAUCAGACAACUCCUCUUGUGUCCAACACCUGGUGAGAGCGGUGCCCCGUCACUGCCCCCGCUGACAUCCCGGCGAAUGAGAGAAUCCUUAACACGGUUUCCAAGUUCAGUCCACCGAUAUUCCACCCCUCAUGCCUUCAACUACACCACGCCCUACCCACCCACAUCCGGCGGUCUCUCCCAGAGGCAGCGCUCCACUUCCACUCCCAACGUCCACAUGGUUAGCACUACCCUGCCUGUAGACAGCAGCAUGAUUGAGCUAGACUGCCUGAAUACCUCCCCCAGCUCCUGGUGCCAUAAAUUCUGGCUGAAGAGGAAAGUAGGUAUUGUGCACUUCUCCCAGUCUUUUGUUGAGGCCUCAUCCGAGAGUCCAGAAAAGGAUGCAAUGCGAAAUCAUGACUCGGGGGGGAGUUCCCCCAGCCAGAGCCCUACAGGCUGGUCCCAGUCCAAAACCCCAGCACCUGCCCAGCGAGAGAGGGCCACGUCCUUCAAUAAUCAGGAGAAAAAUAAAAUUAGGCCUCGGGACAAGCGAGACUCUAGUUACUACUGGGAGAUCGAGGCCAGUGAGGUGUAUCUGAACUCCCGCAUCGGUUCAGGCUCCUUUGGAACUGUCUACAAAGGGAAAUGGCAUGGUGAUGUAGCAGUGAAGAUUUUAAAGGUGACUGACCCCACACCAGAGCAGUUCCAGGCAUUCAGAAAUGAAGUGGCAGUCCUGAGGAAAACACGACAUGUCAACAUCCUGUUGUUCAUGGGCUACAUGACGAAGGACAACCUGGCCAUUGUGACCCAGUGGUGUGAGGGCAGCAGCCUCUACAAACAUCUUCACGUCCUGGAGACAAACUUCAAGAUAAUCCAGCUCAUAGACAUUGCCAGGCAGACAGCUCAGGGCAUGGAUUAUCUGCAUGCAAAGAACAUCAUUCAUCGUGACAUGAAGUCCAACAACAUCUUCUUGCAUGAAGGGCUAACGGUGAAGAUUGGGGACUUUGGUCUUGCCACAGUGAAGGCCAGAUGGAGCGGCUCACAUCAGGUGGAGCAGCCUUCUGGAUCCAUUCUCUGGAUGGCUCCUGAGGUUAUCCGGAUGCAGGAUAACAAUCCCUACAGCUUCCAGUCUGAUGUCUAUUCCUAUGGAAUUGUUCUCUUUGAGCUCAUGACGGGAGAGCUCCCAUACUCCCAGACAGCAAACCGAGAUCAGAUUAUCUUCAUGGUGGGAAGAGGCUAUUUGUCCCCAGACCUCAGUAAGCUCUACAAGAACUGCCCCAAAGCCAUGAAAAGGUUGGUGGCCGACUGCAUCAAGAAGUCCAAGGACGAGAGGCCGCUCUUCCCGCAGAUCUUGUCAUCCAUUGAGCUUCUCCAGCAUGCCCUGCCCAAGAUAAACCGCAGUGCCUCAGAACCGUCCCUGCACAGAGCCUCUCACACUGAGGAUAUCAAUGCUUGUACUCUGACCUCCACCAGACUGCCUGUUUUCUAGAGGCUCAGACAGCACUGCCCCUCCUCCCCGCCUUACACUUUCCCUCCUCCUCCUCUUUGAAAUAUCCAAAAUAGUCCAAAUGCUCAAUACGCCCAAUUUCUCUACAUACAGAUGCCAAUAUAGACCUGAAAAUGUACAUGCAAUCAUACAUAAGCCCAUGCUAAUCAAUAAAAUACAUUAGGAAAAGAGGAGAGAGGGAAGUGCAGAGAGAAGUGUACUUGAGAUUUACUAUGGAAGGGAGUGAGUGAUGAUGGAUUGUAGUGAGAUGUACAGAUGAAGAGGCUUGGCAUAAGAUACAUUGAGGUGUUGCCUUGCUUAUCGUUGCACGUAUUAAGAAGUAUGCAGAGGCUCCAUGGUGGCAAUGCAGUUGAUAAAAUUUGUAAAUAAAUGCACGCACACCUACCUAAGACAACCAUAAAUGGACACUGAAGGAAACUCAAGAGAAAGACAGAUGUGUCUCUUGAUUUGGGUUCUGUGAUGUGAAGCACAACCUUCUAUCUGGCCGGCCUGGUUUCUGAUGAAGAGGACCUUUUUAAAGCUUACAUGCCUUAAGAGGAAACAAAGCCUGGACUAAGAUCCCACACAAUUCACCUCCUCUUGUUAUGACAAACAAAGCCGUUGGAUGUAGUCCAUUUAGUUGCACAGUAGUAGUUGAUUUUUGCCUUGUCUUAAAUGAUAAUGGAGUAGAUAUGGGAAUUUUUGUUUGUUUUUGUUGUCUUUGACUUCUUUUAAUAGUAUUUUGUUUUUUGGGUCAUUUUGGAGGAAUUAUAGCCUGUCAGACAGCGAGCAUGAGUGAUGAUGGAAAAAUUGAAUUUGCACAUUUUAGCAAAAGCAAUGGUUAUGUUUCAACAGUGUACACAUUGGCUUCAUAGCUCUGAGUAAACUGAUCUGUAGAUACACACACAUUCUUAUCAGUCCUUACCAUUGGUAGGUUAUCAUGAGCUGGAAAUUUGGCUGUUGUCUUAAAUAUUUAAAAUGAUUUGGAAACUAAUUUGUAUUUGUUUAUCAUGUCUCUUUCAGGAGGUUAAACGUUUUCUUGUGAACUUGGUGAGAAAGUUGUCUAUUCAAUAUUUUAAUAAAAUUAAGUUAAAUUUCUUUGCCAAUGA